UCUUUGGAAUACAAUGGAGUUGCACAGUUUUCUUUACCGCAUCCGUGAUAUUGAAGAUUUAAGAUCAUAUUUUGCUUUUUUUAAUUUUAUUUGUUUUAUUGAACUGACAAUCAAGAUUAAAGGAAGAUAUUUUUAUCAGAAAACGGAGUACAUGGAUUGUUUUAUUGGACACGGAGCGAGUGAAACCAAAACUGAAACUAAAUGCGCACUCACAGUUCGUUUAGGAUUCUUUGAUGAAUAGAAAGCUAAAAAGAACAUCAUUGACACAGCUCCUGAUGUCUGAAGAUCUCCUGUAAUUGAUGUUCGCCGCGGCAAUCCAGCCCAGAGCCAUGAGCCACACUUCCUGCUGCGUUCUGCUGAGCAUCUCGCUCGCGCUCGCCUGCCGCUUUUGGUCAGUGUGUGCUGAGUUCCCAACAGUUUUUGGAGACAAAUCGUCAGGUUUCGGGCCUGUGUUCGAGGAGCAGCCCGUUGACACCAUUUACCCUGAAGAGUCUCCAGAGGACAAGAUCAUCAUGAGCUGCAGGACACGAGCAAACCCGCCGGCCACAUACAGGUGGAGGCUGAACAACACAGAAAUCGUUAUUGGAAAUGAAGACGACUACAGCCUGAUGGGAGGAAACCUCGUCAUCAGCUUCCCCGACAGGAGCAAGCAUGCUGGGAACUACUCGUGUCUGGCCAGCAAUGAGUUUGGGACGCUCGUCAGUCAGAAAGCCUCUGUUCAGUUCGGAUACUUGGACAUGUUUUCCUCGGACGAGCGGGAGGCGGUCUAUGUAAAGGAGGGGCAGGGGGCGGUGCUUCUGUGUGAUCCGCCUCCACACUUCCCAGAGGAUCUGUCCUUCCGCUGGAUGCUCAAUGAGUUUCCGGAAUUCAUUCCUCUGGACAAGCGGCGCUUCGUGUCUCAGACCACCGGGAACCUCUACAUCUCCACCGUACGAGCGUCAGACAGCGGGAACUACUCCUGCUUCGUCUCCAGUCCGUCCAUCGCCAAGAGCGUCUUCAGCAAGUUCAUCCCACUGGUGCCCAUCGCCGAGCGUUCUCUGAGGAAAUAUCCGCUGAUAUCAAAGUCAAAUCUCCAGACACUUACACGCUGCUGGGUGCAGAACGUAACGCUGGAGUGCUUCGCGCUGGGAAACCCCAUCCCUCAGAUCCGAUGGAGGAAGGUGGACGGUGAUCUGCCAGUCGAGCGCCACAACAUCAGUAUGUCAGGAAGUCUCCUUCAUCUUUAUGACAUCCAGUACGAGGAUGAAGGUUUAUACGAGUGUGAGGCCGACAACUCCAAAGGCAAAGACAGACACAAAGUGCAUCUGUAUGUGGAGGGAGCUCCUGAAUGGGUGGAGAAGAUCAGCAGCUCGGAGAGAGACAUCGGAGGCGAUUACAUCAUGUCCUGUCUGGCCAGCGGGAAACCCAAACCCCAUGUGCACUUCCUGAAGAACGGACGAAUGUACGGCAAGAACCACGAGUUGCGUUUCACAGACCUGACGUUUGAUGAUUCAGGGAUGUAUCAGUGUAUCGCUGAGAACCGUCACGGCACGAUAUACGCCAACGCCGAGCUCAGGGUGUUCGCCGGUGCUCCUUCAUUUGAGUGGAACCCAGUGAAGACCAAACUUCUGGGGGCCAAAAACGGGCGCGUGGUGAUUGCCUGCAAACCCCGAGCGGCGCCGCGGCCGAGCAUCUCCUGGAGCAAAGGAACCGAGCUCCUGCACAACUCCAGCAGAAUCUUCAUAUGGCCAUACGGGAGUUUUAGAGCUUUCUGAACGUCACCAAAUCAGACGAAGGCAAUACCUUGUUUGGCAGAAAACGACCGAGGCCGAGCGAACAGCUCCGGAUCGCUGUCAGUCACCGACGCCACGAAGAUCACUCUGGCUCCGUCCAGUGCUGACAUCAGUGUGGGCGAGAGUGCCAGGAUGGAGUGCGCCGCAUCACAUGACCCCACCCUCGACCUCACCUUCAUCUGGUCCCUCGACGCACACGUCAUCGACCGAGACAGAGAGCAUUACGAGAGCAAAAUGGAUGUUAAUCAGGACGGCCAGGCCGGGACGUCCAGCUCAGAGCUGUUGAUCAGUAACACACAGCUGAGACACGCGGGACGUUACAGCUGUACAGCGCAGACGCCGGUGGACAACGUCACGGUCUCUGCAGAGCUGGUGGUCAGAGGUCCCCCAGGUCCUCCUGGAGGUGUGCGCGUGGACGAGGUGUUGACCAGCAGUGUGAGAGUGACCUGGAGUCACGGGACGGAUAACCUGAGUCCCAUCUCCAAAUACAGCAUCCAGUACAGAGAUGUGCAAGCACAGCAGGACUGGAGAGACGCCUCCACCUCUCCAGUGAAUGUGGAGGGAAAUGCAGAAAUGGCCACCGUGAUCAAUCUGACGCCAUGGACGGAGUAUGAGUUCAGGGUCAUCGCCACCAACACGCUGGGCACCGGACCCCCGAGUGACCCCUCGCCCAAAAUCACCACCAGAGAAACCAGGCCUGUUGUGGCUCCGUCAGAUAUCGGUGGAGGAGGAGAAACCAGUCGUGAGCUCACCAUCACAUGGACGCCGGUCCAGCAGUACUACUACGGCAGUAAUUUUGGCUACAUCAUCAUCGCAUUCAAGCCUCAUAACGACCCCGAGUGGAUGAGGGUGACGGUGACAGAUCCACAGGCCCGAAAGUAUGUCCACAAAGACUCGAAAAUCCCCCCAUCCACCAGGUUUGAGGUGAAGAUGAAGGCCUUCAACAGUCAGGGGGAAGGGCCGUUCAGCAUCAGCGCCUUCAUCUACUCCUCUCAGGAUGUUCCUGCAGAAGCUCCCACCAUCAUUGAGGCGAGGACGCUGUCGGCCACAGAAGCCGUCGUGUCCUGGGUGCCUCUACAGCUGCAGACGGUUGAAGGAUACCAGGUCCGGUACUGGAGGGAGUCGGUGGAGAACGAGGCGUCUGCACAGCGUGCUCUGGUUUCCAGUCGAGAAAACCACACGCGUCUGGACAACAUGAAGCCCAACUCACAUUACCUGAUCGAGGUGCGGGCGUAUAACGGCGCCGGAUACGGACCCGCCAGCCAGCGCCACAAAAUCUACACCAAGAAAGCACCUCCUAGUCGGCCUCCUAAAAUCAUCGGCACAAAGAUGAACUACAGCGGCACGACGAUCAACAUCGCCUGGGAGCAGGUGGAGCCGCUGGCCAACGAGUCGACGGUGGAGGGAUAUAAGGUCCUGUACAGGCCGGAGGGGCAGCCCAGCGGCAUGCUGUACACCACAGUGAAGCAGUCCAUCGAUCUGCCCAUGAAGAAGGGUGAUUACCUGGUGGAGGUGCGCGCGCACAGCGAGGGAGGAGACGGAGCCGUCGCACAAGUGCGCAUCGCAGGUGCUGCCGUUCUGGCGUCUCCGUCUCUCGGCUUCUUCUGGCUGCUCCUCACGGUUCUGUUGACUUUGAGUCUCUGAAUGUAGUUUCAUCCUGAUUCAGUGAAGCUGAACUCUCACAGGAGGAAACCCACCGAUAUUCAGAGUCUGCGCGGCUCUGACUGGACAUUCAGGACAGAGCGUGUGUUUAAUGUCUGAACAGUUCAAUAUGCCUUACAACAUCUCACACUCUGAUCUAUUACUGAGCGCUGAUUGGUCCAGAUGGAGCGGAAACAGGAAGUGUUGCCGUGAGACUUCCUGUGUGUUUUGGUGACAGAACAGCGUCUCACGUUUGUCUUUGUCAUUGUCAGAUCAGUGGCUUUCUCUUAUUUCUGUGGACGGAUACAGUCAAAGCAAACCAACAAUUCACAUUCAACUCCAUUCAGCAUCCAUUCACUUUUAGAGGAUUAUUAUAUAUGCAAUAAUUUAUAAGAUAUUUGUCUAUUCAACACUGUAUCUGUUUUUUUAUAUUAGCAUAUCUGUGAUAGAGUUUUGUUUUAAAAUGAGGAUAUAAUUUUAAUAUCUGUAUUGGGUUCAUGUGAGGAACAUCAGCGGCUGAAUGAAACGGACGUUUGUGUUUUUGUUUGUUUACAAGCUUCAGUCUCAGAAAUAUUCUGAAAUAUCAUCAGCCGAUGUAGACGAACUAAUACUGCGAAUGCAUUUGUGUUUUAGUGUGAUUUAAUGUGAUUUCACAGUGAACACAUCCAAGUGAACACCAGUGCUGGGUAGUGACUGAUUACAUAUAAUCUGGAUUACAUAAUCAGGUUCCAAACAUUUAGUACUUGUAGUUAGAUUUUAUUACGUAUUAAAAUGUUUGUAAUCAGAUUUCAGUUACUUUUUUAUAGAUUACAUGAUUACAGAUUAUUCACACAAUAGCAUUCAAUUAUUUAGAACUGAGUUAUUCUCAUAUGUAUGAGAUGAAUAAUUAUGCACGUUACUAAACACUGCCGAUAUAUAACUGACAUAAAUAUUUCAGACCUGGAAGACUUUGUCAUUGCUGUUUCCAUGUUUAUUAGUGUUUAACCCCUCUGACCUUUACCUGAAGCUCCCCUGACAUUCAUAGUUUAUUCCAAAUAAUUCAACAACAUAUUUGCAUGUACUUUGAUGUCAGUUAAUCGUCAUAUAUUUUAUUUAUUUUUCCCAUUUAAAGCUAUAAAAAAGUAAUCUAAAAGUAAUGCAAAAGUAGUCCAAACAAAUACAUGACCUGAAAUGUGUAAUCUAGAUGACAUUACUGCUUCAGUUUUGUAACCCGUAACAGACUGGAGUAAUCUAGCCAGCACUGGUGAACACAGAUUCAUUGAGUUAUUAAUGCAUCAGAUUCAGUUUCAUGGUGGAAGUUUCAUACACAUUAAUUACAUUCGUUAAUAACCACAUAACAAACGAUUCUUGAGCACAAAACUGCUUUUGUUUUGACUGUAUCAUUCAGAUCUGUGUGUCAUUGGCAGGUGAUUUGUGCUGAAUGUCAUUUAACGUUUUUAUUUUUAUAAUAAUGUUUGUUGCAGUCGCUAACUUUAAAUGAUGAUGUUCAGACCGUUUCAUCCAUCUCUGCGAGUUUCAUAGUGGAGUGUUUGCUGGAAUAUAUGAUUUAUAUUCUGUUUACUCAUGCAUCUGUUUGUUUAUAAACAGAUCACAUGAUCUGCCAUUCAUCUGAUGAUCUGUAGAUUGUUUUAUUGAUUUGAGAAACUCCUUCAGGAUCAGAUUGUUUGUAAUGAAGCGGAGCAGGGAUUUGAUGUGAUUUGAUGUGUUUGAGCUGAAGUUUCUCCUCAUUUAAACCUCCACUAAGUGCUUUUGCUCCUGAUGUUCGUCUGCGUGAGAGAGUUUUGCCAAAUGCAUGGAUGCCUUGAGCUUUAGCGGCCUGCAGUUAUUCAGAGGCCAGAUGCAUGAUGGGAUUGAAUGACUGAUCGUCAUACUCGCUGGUUCAGUUCAACAACAGGUCAGACUCUUUAACUAGACUAACCUGUCAGUUAUUACCUGCUUCAUUCAUCUCAGUCUUCAAUUAAACUUUAUAGAGACCAAACAAA